AUGUUGUUGCAAUGGAUAAUUAUUCUCUUCUUUGUUUUUUCAAAAGAAAUCUCAGGACGAGAGAUUUACACCCCCGGCGACGACUUGAAAAGUCAUAUCAUUAGUCCUCUUCCAUAUGAAGUCAUCCUCGCUCAUCAUGGACUGUCAGAUGAUUCCAUUUCUCCCAAUGAUGUGUUGAAACUUCUACCUAGAGAAUUCUCCUGGGGAAAUGUAUCAGGAAAAUCCUAUCUAACUCACGGUCUAAAUCAGCAUAUUCCACAAUACUGUGGAUCCUGUUGGGCACAUUCGUCCAUGAGCUCGUUGGCUGAUCGCAUCAAGAUUGCACGCAAUGCCACUGGAGCCGACAUCAAUCUUUCGGUUCAAUUUCUAUUGAAUUGUGGAUCAAAAUCCCGUCUGAGCUGCCACGGAGGCUCCGCCAUUCGAGCCUACGAGUUCAUCUAUGAUUCAGGCUAUGUUCCUUAUGAUACCUGUCUUCCCUAUAUUGCAUGCUCCUCGGAUUCAACCAAUGGAUUCUGCCCAAAAGCGGAUACUACAUGUACUCCUAUGAAUAUUUGUCGCACAUGCACCAAUCCAACCAAAGGAGGAAGCUGUGCGGCCAUUUCUGAAAUCCCAAACGCAUCAAUCGCCGAAUACGGAAACUACAACGAAAAGGAAGUCUUUGCAAUCAUGGCAGAGGUAUACCUUCGCGGUCCCGUUAAAGCAAGUGUGAAUGCUGGGCCCCUACAAAACUACACGGGUGGUAUCUUUUUGGACAGUCCGUCAAACCGAAACACAACGCACAAUCAUGGUGUCAGCAUUGUUGGUUGGGGAUACGAGGAAUCUCUCAAUGUCCAGUAUUGGAUCAUUCGCAACAGUUGGGGCGAGUAUUGGGGGGAGAUGGGUUUCUUUCGAAUUGAGCUUGGAAAGAACUUACUUGGCAUUGAAGCUCAUGUAUCUUGGGCGACACCUGGAGCCUUCACGGAAAACAACUUUCCCUGCUAUAAGGAUGGCAGCAACUGCCAACCGAGUAGAAAGUAUAUUGACCCUGUCAAUGAUCAAGGGCUCCUUCAGCGAAGGCUACUGCUUCGUUCCAAAAUUGGUCGUACUUUAUUUGAGAAAACAGCUCCAUUUCUCGAUUGA